ACAUGGACAUACACAACCAAACUAGAGUCACAGAAUUUCUUCUUCUGGGGCUCUCUGGGCAGCCAGAGCAAGAGCGCAUUUCUUUUGCAUUGUUCUUGGGUAUGUACCUGCUCACCAUCAUCGGGAACUUCCUCAUCAUCGUGGCCAUCAUCUGCGACAGUCAUCUCCAUACACCCAUGUACUUCUUCCUGGCCAACCUCUCCUGUGUCGACAUCUGCUUUUCAUCGGUCACGAUGUCCAAGAUGCUGGUGAAUCACAUAUUGGGAAGCAAGUCUAUCACUUAUGUGGAAUGCAUGACGCAGACCUACUUCUACAUCACGUUCGCCAACAUGGAUGGAUUCCUCCUGAGUGUGAUGGCCUACGACCGUUACACUGCCAUCUGCCACCCACUCCACUACACCAUGAUUAUGAGGCCCAAACUCUGUAUCCUUCUGGUGGCAGUGUCUUGGGUCAUUACGAACCUGCACGCUCUCCUUCACACUCUUCUCAUGGUUCGGCUCACAUUCUGUUCCAGCAGUGCUGUGCACCACUUCUUCUGUGACCUUUAUGCAGUUCUGAAGCUGUCUUGUUCUGAUACCUUUAUCAAUGACGUGAUGGUCUUCACUGUGGGUGCAUUGAUAUUUCUGACACCAUUUUCAUGUAUAAUCAUGUCUUAUGCUUACAUCCUCUGUAAGGUACUGAAGCUGCCAUCUGCCCAUGGACUAAGGAAAGCCCUGUCCACAUGUGGAUCCCACCUCACUGUGGUCUCCCUCUUCUACGGGGCCAUUCUGGGGGUCUAUAUGCACCCUUCAUCCUCUUACUCAGCACAAGACACGGUGGCCACUAUCAUCUUCACUGUGGGGACGCCCCUUGUUAAUCCCUUCAUCUACAGCUUGAGAAAUCGUGACAUGAAAGAAGCCUUAAGGAAACUAAUUAUUAGGAGACUUGUUUUGUCAAGGUCCUAG